UGGGUUUUAGUCUCACUGAAUUGUUAUUGACUACUCAUUUCUUCUUUGCUUUUGUAAUGUAAGCUAUGGAAAAAAGCUUGAUAUAGGCAAUCAUCAAUUUAUUGUGAAGCUUAUGUAUGUACAGUACGGCACAGUUCUUCGAUGCCAAAAAUAAGCCCCGCAUUGGAAGACACCAAUUAUAACAAUGAGUGCCAAACCCUUCUUCAUAGUCUUCAUUCCAUAUCAGGAAUCCGGCAAUAACGUCACUAUUAGAUUCCUCUGGAAAAAAAAAUAAUCAGAUUUACUGAAGGAAAAAACUUACCAUAGUUGUAACAAAAAAACACAAUGUUGCGAUCGGCCGGCAUGCCGUAGGCCCUCGUUUUAAAGACAAAAAAGUGUCUGUUUUAAUAAACCAAAUGUCAGGACAUCUUGAAAACGGAGAACUGUGUCCUACUGCUGUACUGAUAUCUGGUUAUAAUGGAUGUUUUCGAACUUCAGGAUUAUUCCUAUAUAAUCUUGCCAACUGCUGAACCGUAGUACAAUAUGACAUGUAUCCGCUAGUGGCAAAUUUGAGCUACAAAUAUAAGUUGUUUGUAUAAUUUGUAUAUGCUACUAAAUUAUAUAUUCAAAAAAUAUAAUUUAAGAUACCAAUUGUAUUAUGCUUGAAUAUGGAAUGGUUGAUUGAAAUACUUGAAAGUGGAAUACGUUUAAAAAAAAUGAUAUUCUAUGUCUUUGUUGUAUAAUUUUUGUCUUAGCAAUUUAAUUUUUUAAAUCAAUAUUAUCAACAAAUCAAGGUUGAGGCAGUUCGACAAAUAAUAGAAUAAUAAAUAAAUAUAUGAAUAUAUUACUAAACUACCGGUAUACUAAAAGUAUUGUUAUGAAUGUGGCUCAGUAUAUUGUUGUUAUAAUCUACAAUUAUUUAAAAUGUUAUAUUUGGUUCAUUGUUGACUCAUUUCACAAAGCAAUAUAGGAUUGAAGAUAAUUUCUACAUUUCAUCAUACCAGUCCUUCUACCUGUAAAGUAAAAAUACAUUUUCAUUCGCUGCCUUCCUACAUUUAUUGGGAAACUCAACUUUAUUAAAUUGAUGAUGGUAUUGUACAACUUGUUUACCAGAAAAGCAUGAAAUGUCAUGUUUGUAAAUGCUUUAACUAUAAGGCCACAAACCUCUAUAUUUUUCUUGGCAUGAGAGAUGGCGACAGGGUAUUCUUGCCUAGAUGAACAUGGGGGAACUGGAAAUAACUGUCUGUUUAUAUUUUGUUUAUUGUAAAUUCUGUGCUGAAAGCAUAUAACCAUUGAAUAAACCAAUCUUGCUUCUAUGAUACCAUUUUGAAGCUUUUGUUAACUUUUUUUAUUAAAUAAACUUUAUUAUACUUGUAUAUAUAUAUAUAUAACUGCAAUAGAACAUGGUUGUUGUUAGAUAACACAUUUAAUGUAAAUUAAAAAUGUCGAUGGCUGAACCCAUCACGGUCCUGCUGCCUCAACCUGCUCCAGAUGAUGAUUUUCACGGACCAGAAUUUUCCAGGUUUUAUGGCAAUGCAGAAAACAAAAAAAAAUGUAUCUUGUGCACUGCAUGUGGGCGAGAAUUAUUGCUCUCUAUGAGAAGCAAAAUAUUUAAACAUCCAGCAUUGGAAGUGAUUGUAUGCAAAAUAUGUUUUGAUUUCUACCAUGCUGGAAAAUUCACACAAGAUGAGGAUGGAAUGGAUGAACAUUGUAAAUGGUGUGGGGAAGGGGGAAAUUUAAUUAUGUGCGAUUUUUGUACUCAUUCAUUUUGUAAUUAUUGCAUCAAGCGAAAUUUUUCUAGUGAAGUUUUCACACAAAUCAGAGAUGCUCCUCAAUGGCAGUGCUUUGUGUGUGAUAAGUCACAAAUUUUAGACAAAAUUUUACAAUGUAAAGAUGUAAUGAAAAAAGUUGAUACGCCUGUGGAGCCACAAGUAAUGGUUACCGAAAAUAGCCAGGAAAGUAGAGACUUCAAUACUUUAGUAGAGAACAAUAAAUGCCUGGAUGAAAUAAUAGGACCAAUGGAAACUCACUUGUCUCCAUCUAAUGUUAAUAUGAACACGAAUCAAACAAAUGAGCAAAUGAAAAAAGUAGAUCCAAUAAAAAUUCGCAAAGAAAAAGAAAAUUAUAUAGUGCAUAGAUCAGCUUCCUGUUCCUGCGAUGAAAAAUCACCAGUCAAACAUGAAUCAAGGUCAUUGUCAGAUCCAGAAAGCAGUAGACAAAGUCCUUGUAAGCAUUCCUAUGUUAAAAUAGAAAACAUUGAUGAUAAACCAUUUUUUUCAAACCUUAAUGAUAUUUCCAAGCAAGAUGAACCCAUGGAUGAAGAAAAUAACAAUGGUGCCGAAUCAAUCAAUGAGCUAAAGAACAAUGGUACCGAUGAUAUAGAAGAGGGACUGAGUUCUGAACAACACAAUGAUCCUACAGUAACAAUACAUUCAUGUCCUACUACGCAACUUGAUUCAAAUAUUGAGGAUGAUAAUAGUACAUUGAAGAAAGAUCAAAAUUCAGCCAUAAAUGUUCCUUCGCCUUCAAGUCUUCCAAAACUUAGAAAAAAUGUUGGUAAAAGAACUAAACCAGUAAAAAAUGUAAUCCGUCAAAAUUCUAAUGAUGCAAAUAUUUCAGAAACUAGAAAUGAUGUUACAAAAAAUCCGUCGAAGCAGAGUACAUCGACAUUUAAAUCAAAAAUGGAAGAAGCGGAAGAAUGCCUGGCUCGCCUUGCUCGGAUCAUAAAAGAAAUUGCUGCCGAUGAAAUAUCAUCAAUUGGUCAUAAAGUGUCUCGCUCCAGCUCACUUUCGCAGUAUUCAAAGUUCAGAUCGACUAGUAAACUUCUGAAAAAAGUUAAGUCAGCUUCAUCAAAAUUGAUUCGAAUUGAGCACGACCUUAGAGCUCACAAAACUAAAUUGAGGAAAUAUCGUUCCAGUGAAGAUUCUGGGAAUUUAGAUAGCUCGUCUGAUGAUGAUAGCAUGAAUAAUGAAAUGAACAAACGAAAAGCACGCAAAAAAACAAUUGGAGUUGGUAGUGAAACCACUGAAAAUGACGAAACCCCUGAAAAAAUGGAAACAGAUAGAAGUGUGGAACAAGAAAUAUUUGAGGAAAAUUUGAAUGAAAGUUCUGGAAUUGACCCAAACGAAGAAAACAAUCAACCUUCAACCUUCAAUCAGCCUUCAACCUCCACAGAAACAUCUAUGUUAAUGAAAAACCCGAAAAUAGUUUUAACUAAACUAACAGAAAACGACAUAUUGAAAUUUCAUAAAAAGGUUGAUAACAAUGUAGACGACAGUACUACUGAUUUGGAUACUGACAGCUCUAAAAAUAUAAUGCGUCCUCGUGUUAAUUUCAAUACCCUGACUGCCACUUCAAUUGGAAGUGAUUCUGAAUCCAAUCCUCGGCCUCGUGUCAAUUUUUCACUCAAACAAAAAAUAGUCAAAAGUGGAAAAUUACGAAAUAUGCAAAUUUUAAGAGACAAAGAAUUAAAAGCGGAAAGAAAAAAAAAGAAGUUGCAAUUGACAGAUGAUGACAAUGACUCGGAUUCUGAUUAUCAAGUUGAAGAUGAAGAUUUUUUUUCCGAUUCUGAAUAUGAUGAAGAUAAAGUAGAUUUAAAAGGUGAUGAUGAUAAUGAAAUUGCAAUGCAUUUGCUACUUCAAAAAAUGCAAGAAGAAUACGAUUCACCAGAUUCAGAUGUUGAUAAGCUAUUGAAAGAGAAUGGUGACAUUGAUACUAAAGAUAGCAACUCGAGUGAGGUACAUGAGACUGGGUAUAAUGAAAAAAUAAACUCAAAGACUGAUGAAGUGAAAGAGAAAGUAAAAAAACAUAAUGGAUAUAAGCAUCCACUCUUGGCUAAAAAAUGGAAAGACGGGUCGGACGAAAAUGAUGAAAAUCCUAAAACUGGUAAUAAAGUUAAUUCUGAUGCCAGUAUGAAUACUACAGAUAAAAAGAGAAAAGCUUCGCAUGAGUCUGUUUCCUCCAGUAAAAAACCAAGAAGAAAGUUGGAAAUGGCUGAAAACUCUGACCCCAAUUUAACAACAGAUUCUGAGCCUGAUAUUUCUCGCAAAACAAGGUCAAAACAAAAUAGGAAAUGUAAAAGGCUGUUGUCUGACAGUGAUUCAAAUUCUCCAAAACCAAUCAUUAUUGACAGUGGAAAAAGUAGUGACAGUUUAUCUGAUAAAGAUGAUAGCACUGAUACUGAUGAAGAGAUAACAGAUAUAAAGAAAAAAUUCCAUAAACGUAGACGCCGUUUAAUAAAACAGUCAGAAUCGGACGGAGAUCCCAAAGUAGUUGAUGAAAACACGACGGGUAGUUCACAAAAAACUGGCAGAAAAAACAUAAGGAAAAUUCUCGAUGAUGAUGAAGUUAGUCAAUCGACACAACAAGCCUCACUGGAAGAAGCUCAGAGAAGAAAAAGGCUGAAAAAAGAUAGAGAAGGAAGCAAAGAGGAGGAAGAAGUAACUGUUAUCGAUGAAGAGAGUCAAAGUCCAGUUAAGAAAUUAGUCACGGUAAGCCUGACAUUAUCUAAACAACCCCACGUUGAAGUUCAUCGGCAAAUUGUUCACAAGUUAAAGCCACAUCAAGUACAAGGAAUACAAUUUUUAUGGGAUAAUAUAAUUGAAAAAGUAAAAGAUGCAAAUUCAAAGCGGGGGAGCGGGUGCAUUUUAGCACAUUGCAUGGGCCUCGGAAAAAGUCUUCAAACUGUUGCGUUUCUUCACACGGUGCUUAUGAGUAAACACUUGCCUAAUCUACGUACUGCAUUAGUCUUAUGUCCAUUCGGAACUGUGAAUAACUGGGUUGCAGAAUUUACAAAAUGGGUGCCAAAUUCAAACAAGGAUUAUGAAUGGAACGCGAAAUUAAAGAGAUGGAUUCGCUCAGUAGACUAUGAACACAAGUUUCAAAAACUUGUAGUAUCGGAUCUUCACUCUGUUAAAACAGAUCAAGAGAGAAUAGCAAAGCUUCAUCGCUGGAAAACAGAAGGUGGUAUUCUGGUUGUGGGAUAUGGUCUAUUCCGUACCCUCCUCAACGACAACAAACGUAAAACAAGUGAGGUUUUUGUUGAAAGCUUAUGCAAGCCUGGACCUGAUAUUCUAGUCUGUGAUGAAGGUCAUAUUCUGAAAAAUGCCAUGUCAAAGAUUGCCAAUAUGGUUCAACAAGUUCACACCAAGCGUAGAAUUGUACUUACUGGCACCCCACUGCAAAACAAUAUGGUUGAAUACCAUUGUAUGGUCAGUAUCGUAAAACCAAAAUUACUCGGGACUAUAAAAGAAUUCAAGAAUCGAUUCAUGAAUCCAAUAGAGAAUGGCCAACAUGUCGAUUCGACUGAAUCUGAUGUAAAAUUGAUGAAAAAGCGGGCUCAUGUAUUACAUGAACUUCUGGCGGGGUGCUUGCAAAGAAAAGACUACACAUGUCUUCGCGCACAUUUGGCACCAAAAUAUGAAUACGUUUUAAGUGUUCGUCUUUCAGAUUUACAGAUACGAAUGUAUAAACAUUAUCUUACUUUGCACUCAUCGAAUGAUGCUAAGCUAAGAAAAGGAGGCAUAUUUAAGGAUUACAACAGAUUGACGCUUUUAAUUUGUCACCCAAGAUGCCUUGUAAUGUCAACAGAUAAAAAAGAUAUCAAAGAUAAUCAAGAUGAUUUGCGGAAAUUCAUCAAUGAUGAGGAGGAAGGUGCGGAAAGCGAAGAAGAAGAUGAUUCAUCUGAUAAUUCAGUCAUUAUGGUUAGCGACGAUGAAAUUCCAUCAUCACAAGAAAUUAAGCCAAAAACACUUGAAGAUAUCCAUGCACUUUCUGGUGCCAAACUUCGAUUGUUUAUUGAAAGUAAAAGCGGAAAAAAACCCGAAACAAGAAACAGAAAAAAACUUGUAACCUUGGCAACGAAAUACCUUGAUAUCAAUUUCUGUAAAACAGCAGAAUUUGAGCAAUCGCUAAAAAUUAAAUCGAUUCAAGAGCUAAAAGCGAUGAUAGCUGAGCAUGGGGAAUCCAUCAAGGGUUGUACUGAGAAAUCUGAUCUUAUUAGCCUGUUAAAACGUGUAAUCUUAAAUGAAAAUCAAGACGAAGAAGAAUGGUAUGUCAAGUUCAUGCCGACUCAAGAAAAAUUAGCUCAUUCUAUUUCACACAGCGGUAAAAUUAUGCUAAUGUUACAGAUAUUACAACUUUCAACAGAAGUAGGUGAUAAAGUUGUCAUUUUCUCUCAGUCGCUUUUGUCUUUGGACUUAAUCGAAGAAGUUCUGAAGUCUGAAACUAGUGAUGUCUCUAAAGGACUCAAAUCUGACAGUGGACCGUAUUCAAAAUGGCUCAAAUAUAAGGAUUAUUAUAGAAUCGAUGGAUCAACACCAGCUAAUUUGAGAGAUAGUUGGAUAUCUAAAUUUAAUAACAAAAAUAACACGAGAGGACGAUUAUUUUUAAUUUCAACCAGAGCUGGUGGUAUUGGGAUUAAUUUAAUCGGUGCCAACAGAGCCAUUGUUUUUGAUGCUUCCUGGAAUCCUUCUCAUGAUAUACAAUCUAUCUUUCGCAUUUACCGUUUUGGUCAAACCAAGCCGUGUUAUGUCUAUAGAUUUAUAGCUCAGGGAACGAUGGAAGAAAAAAUCUAUGAGCGUCAAAUCAUGAAGCAAUCUCUUGCAUUUCGUGUGGUUGAUGAACAACAGAUUUUACGUCAUUUCUCCGCCGCUGAUGUCAAUGAAUUAUAUAAAUUUAAUCCAGCACCCAAACCUGAGAAAUCAAAUGACGAGAAAGACAAUGUACCUAAGUUUGCACCACCAAAAGAUGCACUUUUGGCAGCCAUAUUGAAAAAAUCAGAACUUGUUGUAACAUAUCACGACCAUGAUUCAUUGUUAGAUCAUCAGGUAUCAGAGGAACUCACAGAAGCAGAACGAAGGGCAGCGUGGGAAGAAUAUGACAAUGAACAACAGAAACCAGUGGACUCGUCAACAAAUCCUAUGUUUGAAUCUUUCAAAGUAUUCUCUCCUCACCAUCUCACACAUUUUUCGGAAAAUGCAAAUAAAGUGCUAUCUCUAAUAGAAAAGAAAAUGGUACAAUUAUCUAAAAAUUCUUUCGAAAGUAUAUUAGUUGAAAUACAGAUGAAGAAUCGCACUUUCAAGCCUGAAACUGUUUCCAAACAUGCGACGCAGAAAAAACUAGAUGAUCAUAUUCUACUUCGUCGUUUGACCGCUCUAAAAAAACUUGUCACGUCCUAUCAAUAUGAGUCAAAAAGAUGCCUCGCUCAAAAGAGAUCAAUAGCACCACCACCCAGACCCACUUCAUCCUCUCAACCUAGGUCAUUUCUUAACCCAGUUUCUUCAGCCAAUCCACAAAUCAACAUGAAUGGAUAUGUUCCUCGAGCUAAUGCGCCAAGAAGGUUUACACCUAAUACCAUUCCUGCAUCCACAUCAAGGCAAUCUACACCCACUACAAGCUUUUCAAGAUUUACACCUCCAUCUAUGAAUACUACUAAUAUGCCACGACAUACUAGAUAUACGGUACCGCCACCACGCCCAACUGUACCACCAAAAUGGAGAAUGCAAGGAAAUUCAACAUAUACUGUUCCAACUACAGCUCAAACAAGAUAUACUAAUCCGAAUAGACCUCGGUAUAGACCCAACUAUUCAAAUGCCCAACAGAACUAUAGACCCAGUUCGAAUGUAAGAAAUGCUCAAAAUUUCAAGCCAAGAUAUACAGUGCUCAAUCCCAGAAGAUAAAAAUAUAUUGCUAAUGUGAAUUCUUCAAAAAAAAACUAUGCUUUCUUUUAUUAUAUACCACCUUCAUAUAUACUAUCAACUCGUCAAGCAUCCUACCCAAGUUUUUUAGGAAGCCUAUACAUAACCGCUUGAAAAUAACAAGAUUGGUAUCUGAACUAGAAUCAAGGUUUUCGAAGCAGAAAAUAUUGAUGUUCUUUGUGACUUCCUUGUAUUAUUUCAUCAUUAUUCGUCUUUUUUUCAUUUUUAAACAAGUUUUCUCAAAGGAAAACCCAGAACCCUCGUCUACUAAUGAUUGAAGGGUUGUGGGCACGGCUGACGAACUGAAAGCUAUUUAUAUGCUUAUCUUCGCAACAGAUAUGCCAGUAGAUAUGGAGCUGAAAUAAUUCAAUAGGGGAACAACUGGCUGAGUGUAUAACUUUCUGAAAGGGAAAAUUUUUUGCAUGUUCGCAGUGGCGUAGCCAGGGGGGUGGUUUUGCGGGUCGAAACCCCCCUCCCCCCCUUUUGAUAUGUAAAA